GAUAUUUUUUGUCACUCAAAUGUUGCAUCGUAUAUUUCCAAGAUGAAGUUUGACAAUGUGAUGGCAGAGAUCAAUGGCUUUGGCAGAUUCCAAAAAAGGAUGUUCAUCUUGAUGGUAAUUCCUCGUAUGACUUUGCCGUUACACUUCCUGUUGAAUAAUUUCAUUGCAGCUAUUCCCCCUCACCACUGCAACAUCAGCUCUCUGGAUGAUGGAGGUCUUUUUAGGAAUCUAUCUCUGGAGGACAGGCUGGUUGUUAGUGUUCCUGUCCAGCAGGAUGGGACUCCGAACUCCUGUCAAAUGUUUGCAGAGCCGCAGUAUCAUCUGCUGUUCAACUUUUCCAACUUAACUGACCUUCCAACAGUGCCGUGUCAGAAUGGAUGGAUGUUCGACACAACCACCUUCAAGUCUACUCUGGCCACAGAGUGGGACCUGGUUUGUGAUAAGAAAACAGUGAACAAAGCCACCACCACUAUUUUCUUCAUUGGGGUCAUGACAGGAGCUGCAGUAUUUGGUUAUCUUAGUGACAGAUUUGGCCGGAAAAAAACGCUUCUGUUGUCCUACAUGAUAACCUCCGUCUUUGGAUUUGCAAGUGCUUUCUCAUACAAUUUUCCCAUGUUUGCUGCCAUGAGGUUUUUUACUGGACUUGGAAUUUCUGGAAUAAGUAUAAUCAGUGUGGUUCUCAGUAUUGAAUGGGCGGAUAUCAAGUAUCGAACCAUAGUGGGUGUUUUAAUAAGUAUGGACUGGAGUGUUAAUACUGUUUUGCUGCCUGGUCUGGCCUAUUUUGUGAGGGACUGGAGGUACCUGACUGCUACUGUCACCACCCCACUGCUUGUGGCUAUGAUCAGUUGGAGGUGGCUCCCUGAGUCUGCCAGAUGGCUGAUAAGUAAUGGAAGAGUAAACGAUGCUCAUUUUUACCUCAGUAAGUGUGCAAAAGUCAACAACAGAGAGGAGUUCAUGGCUGACCUGACGCCUGAGGCCCUGUCCAAAGUAAUAGUUGUAGCAAAGGAAAACAGAAAAUAUUCCUAUUUGGACCUUGUGAAGACCCCCAAAAUGAGAGUUCUGGCUUUACAUACUGGCAUUGUGUGGUUUGGAGUGGCCUGUACUUAUUAUGGAAUCAGCUUUAAUGUCUCUGGAUUUGGUGUGAACAUUUAUCUCACACAGUUCAUCUACGGUGCAAUAGAGAUUCCAGGAAAACUGCUUGUCCUUUACACUUUACAGAAAAUAGGCCGAAGGUUGACUGUGAUUGGAAUGCUCAUCCUUACAGGACUGUGUAUUUGCUGCAACGUGUUUAUCCCUCAAGAUAUGAGGACCUUUCGGACAGCUGUGGGAGCUUUGGGCAAGAUGUUUUCAGAAGGGGGUUUUACAGCUAUAUAUCUGCACUCAUCAGAGCUUUACCCCACAGUAAUGAGGCAAAAUGGACUCGGUUACUGCUCCUUCAUGGCGCGUAUCGGUGUGUCUCUAGCCCCCCUGAUCAUAAUUCUUGAAGAUGUGUGGGCCUCUCUGCCAAAUAUUGUCUUCACCCUGUUGUCUUUUGUUGCUGCGUUGUCAGCUUUUUUUCUAAGUGAGACACGAAACGUCCGUUUACCAGAAACUAUUGAGGAUGUGGAACAGAGAAGAAGACGAUCAGUCACCACAUCUGAUGAGAAAUCUCCUUCGUAAUUGCUUUUCUUCGUUGCAACCGAAAGGUUGUAAGACUAUGAGUGUUGAUGACUGGUCGCAGUGACUUGCCAGAAAUAUCAGUGGUGGUGGCACAUAUCUAGUCAUGAUGGUGUAGCAUUAAAUAUAUUUGACGCUGUGUUGAGUGGCUCAAACACUACAAACAUCUAAGUGCCAGAAUAUAUCAAAAAGAUAAUGUUUGUGUAUCCUGACAAAAACCAAAGAUGAUUUUAAAACAUGCAUUUGAGAUUGUCUUGUUUAUUACACAGUGGAAUUCAAAAUGACUGAAAAUCUAUUCCACAACCAUGAGGUCUCUGUAUUUGUAAUGAAAACUUUGUGCAAUUCUCAAUAAAUACAUCAACCACGAGCUAAA